AUGCAGGCAUCCGAGAAUUUUCUUGAUCGACCUAUGCACUUUGCAGACGGGACCGGUGUCAAAUCCUUGAAAGCACAGAAUAGAGAAGUGGCUAAAUGGUUACCUAAGCGCAACUCGGGCUCAUAUCAGGCCAUCAUCGAUUACUUGAAAUUCAUGCUUGGGAGAUUUGGGUCUCACACCCCCUAUCCUGCGAGUCCAGAACCUUCGGAACUCAACUUGCUCCCACAAGUCUCUUCGGCAAGUAUUCUAGCCGAUCUGAGUGUUUUCGCCGUCGAUCUUCCGCCGCCUAGUCCUUCGAAUCAAAUGAUGAAGCUCUUACCUCGUCAAACUUCCUGUUGGUUCACAUACAGACGGUUUUUUCUCGAAGACCUUUCUCGCUUCGGUAUACCACGUGCCACGCUAGCUUGGGAAUCGCCUGUGAGCUCUUCCUGGAACCAGAUGAUGCUGGUCUUCUUACUGAAGCACUGGCAAUGGGCGAUGGCCCAAGGAGCAUUCUCUCAAUAUGCUCCUGAUCCUAAAUAUUGCACCGAUGCAAUUAGUCGGGCCGUCAUGGAGAGGUGGAUUCGUGGAAGAACGGGUGAAGAUGAAAAAUAUCGGAAUCGCAAAAAGAAGAACCAGAGGCGAGCUGCAAUUUUUCAUUACCGCCAAGAUGCUUUAGAGGAGUUCGUCGAGUCCAAUGAUAGAGACCUCCUCCCCACCGCUUUGAAGUUAAUUCCAAGUGCUGCUUGCUGCUCUGAUACCGAGGACGACGGACCUGGAAGAACCCGCGCCAUAGGCAUGGUUUGGAGGAGCGCCGAAUUUGCUGAACUUUUGCAUCUACUUGAUGAGCUAUCUUUCAACCAGCAGAAAUCAAUACACGGGGCUAGGUGGGCGGCUUGA